GAAGAACACAGUCCGUUAUAAAACAGUUUAAGUGCACAAAAUGGCUGAGGCCAGUGUUUUAUUAGCACAAGAUGAGUUCAUCUGUCCAAUCUGUUUGGAUCUACUGAAGGAUCCUGUAGGGAUUCCAUGUGGACACAGUUUUUGCAUGGAUUGUAUGUCCGACUACUGGGAUCAAGAGGAUCCAAAGGGAGUCUACCGCUGCCCACAGUGCAGGCAGAUUUUUACUCCAAGGCCAGUUCUGGGCAGAAACACCAUGCUGGCCAAAGUGGUGGAGAAGCUCAAGCUUCUGGGACUCCAGUCUGCUUCUGCUGACCACUCCUACUUGGGACCUGGAGAUGUGGAGUGUGACAUCUGCUCUGGGAGAAAGCGGAAGGCUGUCAAGUCCUGUCUUAUUUGUCUGUCCUCUUACUGUGAAACUCACUUCAGAGCUCAUAAUGAUUUAAACCCAGGAAAGAAACACAAAGUGAUUGACGCUGCUGGUAAACUAGAGGAUCUGAUCUGCUCUCAGCAUGACAAACUGCUGGAGGUCUUCUGUCGCACUGAUCAGAUGUGCAUAUGCAUGCUGUGUGUCAUGGAUGACCACAAAGGGCAUGACACCGUUUCAGUCGCAGCAGCGAGGACAGAGAAACAGACAGAGUUGGGAGACACUCAGAGAAAAUUACAAGAGAUCAUCAAAGAAAAAGAGCAUCAUAUUCAAGAGCUAAGAGAUGGUGUGGAAACUCUUCAGUGUUCUGCUGAUGCAGCAGUGGAGAAUACUGAGAUUGUCUUCACUGAGAUUAUCAGCUCCAUUGAGAAAAGACGAUCUGAAGUGACAAAGCUGAUCAGAGAUCAAGAGAGGGUGGAUGUGAGUCGAGCUGAAGAACUCAUGGAGACACUGGGACAGGAGAUCACUGAGCUGAAGAGGAAAGUUACUGAGCUUGAGCAGUUCUCACAAAGUGAAAAUAACAUCCAGUUUCUCAAGAGUUUCCAGUCUCUUUGUGCCUCCACUAUAUCUGACAAGGCAUCUACAUGCUCAGUGCAUACAGAUGUGCUUUUUGAGAGUGUGAGUGACGGCCUCACUAUGCUCAAAGAGAAACUGCAGGAUGUGCUCCACCAGGGACUACAGGACAUGACGAAAACUGAAAAAUUCAGACCUCUAGAGCCUGAGGCCAGAGAAUAUUUCCUAAAAUAUUCCUGUCAGAUGACUUUGGACCCCAACACAGCCAAUAAUUUCCUGAGAUUGUCUGAAGGAAACACAGUUGUCGAAAGGGUUACAGUGAGUCAGUCAUAUCCUGAUCAUGCAGACAGAUUUAAUGUUGAACGCCAGGUGAUGUGCUCAGAGGCUACAUCUAGGCCUACCAGGUGCUACUGGGAGGUUGAGUGGUCUGGGCAUGAAGUGCUAAUAGCUGUUUCAUAUAAGGGGCUGAAGAGGAAAGGAAAUAAUAAUGAAGUAUACCUUGGGUACAAUACAAACUCCUGGGCAUUGUAUUUUCAUCCAUCUGGGUUCUGGUUCUACCAUAAUAAUAAACAAACUAAACUCCCUCAUGCUCAGUCCUCCUCUAGAAUAGGAGUGUAUGUGGAUCACAGGGCAGGAACUCUGAGCUUCUACAGUGUCUCUGACUGUAUGACUCUGCUGCACAAAGUACAGACCACAUUCCAUGAGGAGCUGUAUCCUGCCUUUUGGCUCGACAGCAUUGGCAGCAAAAUUAAAUUGUGCCUCUGACAACAGAUCAACAGAAUUGCAUACUACGUUAUGAAAAUGAAGGUGGAAUGUCCGCACACUGCUCCCAUUUUUCUUUUGCUUUUUUAUUUUUCCAAGUGAACGCUCGAAAACGUUCACUGCACCUGCAUCUUGGAUGUGCGCACCACUACCUUUCUUGAUAUUACGGUAUGUAAGCAUAACAAUUCUUCUACAUUACUUUGUCAUAAUAAGUUUAGGUGACUAUGGGUAGGUAAUUACUAGUGAAAUGACCUUUCCUUGUUGAAAUGUUGUGUUAUGAUGAUAUUACCACGUUCAAUGCAUGUUACACAUUAACACAUUAUUCGUUAAAGACAAACCGGUGAACCCAACUGUUUCCUGUUUAUUCCAAAGCAAAAGUUUGUAGUGAUAAGUGGAAAUAAUACAAGGAUGCUUGGGUGGUUGUUUCUAUACCAUAACAAAGGAAGAGGAAAUAUUGCACAUUACGGCCCUGAUGUGGCCUAAUUACUAUGAAACUACUUCGGCUGCUGCCGUUUAGUUACUGGCAUACCUACCACCUAACUACUACGAUGACACAGUAGCUGUUUCCAUUAGCCUACUAUUAACUAGAAACUGGAAACUUUAUGGUUAUUUUUGCUGUUACUAAUGAGAAAUUAUAGUGUAAUUGCACUGGAAACCAUAUGGUUAUUUUGCUGUUGUUACUAAUAGGCCUAGCAAACAGUUAUUACCAUGAAAUUACACUGAAAUUACUGAGAAAUUACUAUGAAAUUAACACCUUAUUAGCGAUCCGUAAAGUAAAGUGUUACCUAGGACUGGGUACCGAAAUUCAAUUCUUUGAUGGAACCGAAUUAAAAGCUAAGGUUCUACUUGGCAUCGAAACGUGCCUUGUCUGUCGGUUCCACGUUUCGGUUCCUGAAGUCUGACUGUCAGAGCCAUCAAAUGUGUGUUUAAGCACGCGGCCAUUUCAGCCAAUCACAAGUGUCACAAACUGAUUUAAAUGAUUGAUAAGACAGCUGAUUUUCAACCAGCUGAUUGUACUAUUGAGAAACAAAAACAUGCCGUCGAAAGCGUGGCUAUAUUUCAGGAAAGUAGAUAAGGAAAGAGCGCGCUGCAAUAUCUGCGAUAAACUAAUAGGCUAUCAUGCAAGAAUGGCAAUACAUCCAACCUGUUCAAACACCUGCUCUUGCAUUCGAUUACCUUGCGUGCAGAGAGUUGCAGCAUCUUUACAACGGCAACAACGUCAACCUCAACUAUGCCUGCUGCAAUACCGUCAACCUCAACCAUGACCUCGACUCUUCAGGAAGAUGUCUCUGACUCCUUGGAAACAUGUUUUUCCAUGAAAAGAGCUAACUUAGAAAGAACUGGUCUUGUGUUGGGGACGUACAAAUGUAGCCUAUUUAGACCGUCGGUUUAAUUCGAGGGAACAAAGAGCUGCGACAAAAAAGAUUUCCUCUCUAUCCGGCUGGAGAAUAACGCCAUUGUUUACUUGAAGUAGCGGCCGCUUAAGGUUAAAUAACUGUGGAUUGAAAGAACAUAAAAACGUUCCGUAAAAAAACUGUAAAAAGCUAAGAAUCUCAGCUUUCCAACAAGCCCUAACACAUGUCUGUAGGUCUAGGUUAAGGAGAUCGCUGACUGUUAGGAAAAAAAUGACGAGAUAAAAAAAUGGUUGGAAAGCGCUAUUUUUUCACUUGCAACAGCGGCCGCUUACAGUUUAAUAACUUUUGAAUGAAAGAACAUAAAAACGUUCCGUAAAAAACUGUAAAAACCUAAGAAUCUCAGCUUUCGAACAAGCCCUAACACAUGUCUGUAGGUCUAGGUUAAGGAGAUCGCUGGCUGUUAGGAAAAAAAUGACGAGAUUAAAAAAAAAUGGUUGGAAAGCGCUAUUUUUUCACUUGCAACAGCGGCCGCUUACAGUUCAAUAACUUUUGAAUGAAAGAACAUAAAAACGUGCCGUAAAAAACUGUAAAAAGCUAAGAUUCGCAGCUUUCGAACAACCCCUAAAACAUGUCUGUAGGAGAAGGAGAUCGCUGGUUAUAGGCUAUAUAUAUUUAGGCCUAUAUAUCGUUUAGAUUAGGACUCUUUAGCUUAGAUUCACCAUGGCGUGAAAGCACAGUGUUGUCGCUUGCAGCAGCUGAUCAUACGGCCCAGUUCUAGUCCCUGUAUGGAAAUACGUGCGAGACAGCACCAUCGAGCCCCCGUCAAGUUUCAUGAAUAUUUAUGAAGCCUAGUUGUGUUAGAACAGUUCUGCAGAACCUAGUAGAAAAGCCCCAGCUGUCGACAGACUGGGUAGCGUAGGCUACAUUAAAACAUCAUGUCAGGCACGCUAUAGGAUUGGUACCAGAAGUGAAGUUGCACCGUACAGCAGAACAAUUUUAAUCAGACAUGAGUACAUUUAUCAGUAUCAAAACCGUUUAUUAUACUUGCCAAGCCAUGCCGAGAGGACAACUUGCAGCAUGCAAUUAAUCAUGAAUGCUGUAUAGAAUUAAAUGCCUUUAACCCGCCAUUGCUUAAGUCACGAUGAGCGCCGCCUUGUGGCAGGCAGGGAAACUCAUGAUUUACAGACCUGUUACGCCAUCUACUGGCCACUUUGGGUAACUGCAGGUUUAAUUCAGGGUUUCUAGGAAACGAAAAUGGAACCGUUCUGGUACCGGAACCGAAACGAAGGAACCGGAAAUGGAACCGGAACCGAAAAUUGUCAAUCAAUACCCAGGCCUAGUGUUACCGUUACGGGACUCAAUGUAUAUCGGUCUAUCCUUACAUGUGACAUGGAAAGGGUUUUGUUGUGACUGUUUUUAUUUUAAAGAGAUAAGCAGCCCUUCUACUGUAGACUAUUUUGUUGAUGUUUCAUUCAGCUAAAAUUAUGAACGGAUAAUAAAAUGAAAUAAAAAUGAAAAGAAACAAAAACAAAAUAAAAAUAA